AUGCAUGGAUCGUCAAACCAUACCUCGAAUUUCCAGUUGCUAAAACUCAGCUUCGAACGAGAGCCACUUAACAUCUACCAGAAGCAAAAACCCCCGCAGCCAACUACUCUCAAGCCCGGAAGCCAAUUGAUAAUUCUACUCUUCCAUAUGGACCUUUAUACACCUUCCCGAUCAAUCCUGGAACUGCCAGAUAGCCUGCCUGGCACAAAGGCGAGUGAAGGCGAUUACCUCAGCAAAGACAUCCUGAAUGAUCAAUGCUGGUACGGGGAGCUAGUCCGUAAUAGGAAGCCCAAAACUCCCAUCUUCCAUGAAAUCAAGAGACAACCAUAA